CCUGAGACACUAUUACAACAACUUUAUCCUGGUGCCAUCUAAGUUUGGUGUGCUAGAAUUUUUUCGGGGCUCUCAAGCACUACGAGCUUCGGUCUUCUUUCGAUCAUUGUCUGCCAGGUGAUGUGAUUAGACAGCGGAGCUCUCCAUUCUAUAUCCUCUGCUUUCGCCUUUUCCUUGAAGUUUUCCUUGGCUACUGGCAGCGCCGGCGAUAAAGUUGAUUUGUCACUCUCAAGCUGCGAUUGAGAGCAUCAUUUUAGGUUCUGGGCUAGAGAAGUGAGCGUAGACGUGUGGGUUAUAAAUUUUUUGCGUUUCCAUGAAAUCCUGCGGAUUGUCGCUGCCUACUGCUGGGGCUGCGUCCGGCGAUGAGGAAAAGAAAAUGGCGGCGGAAAAAGCGAGUGGCGAGAGCGAAGAGGGGUCCCUCAGUCUGACAGUAGAGGAGACCGAGUCGCUUGCUGGAUUGGACAGUCGGCUCUUCGGAUUUCUCAGCCUUCGCGAAGACGUCAGCAGAACCAAGACGCUGUUGGGCAAGGUAUGGGAAAUGCGCGCGGCCGAAUUUGUCAAUAGUUCUUUAGGCCUGAGCCUUGUAGGUUUCAGGCUUCGGUCCCGCGCUGCUUGUCCUUUUCUCAUUGUGGCAGCCAACAAUGGCUAA